GUUAAAGAAUAUCUAUAUGAUUGUACUAGCCAGCUCCUGCAAUGCAAGUACAGGUAGUUAGUAUUAUUAUCAGCAUCCAGCUGUUUUCUCUUGCUGCAGCCACUCUGACAUCCACCCCCACUGUGUCCUGUCCUGAUGACACUGUCAUCUUUACCUGUACUCUGCCUGGUAUCUUCAUACGAUGGGAUGUCACUCCACCACAAGGGGCUCAAUUUAGCAUAUCUUUAAGUGCCAGCAACACUGAUAGUACACGAGGUAAUUCAGCAUUCCGUGGUGUUCUCACUGACUCCAUGCAGUGGAGGAAUAGUCACUGCCACUCUCACUGAGACCUCCACUGUAGAAGGUACUAUGGUGGAGUGUGUGGGAGAGAGCUCACGAGAGGGUCCUCUCACCAUCACUGUGGCUGAUUCACCCUCCUCUCCACUCAACACAAGAGUAUCCGCCACUCAAAAUCAACCCAGUUCUUCUAAUAUCACUCUGGACUGGGACUCCCCCUCCUCUACAGGUGGUGUGUCUGUCAGCUAUGUCCUCAUCAUCUCUCCAACAUCUUUCUCCGGGUCACCAGUAACUGUGGAGACCACCUCGGCACAGAUAACUAUCUUCUACAACACUCCCUACAAUAUGACCAUCAGAGCUGUGAACUGUGUUGGAAUGAGCCAAGAAGCUUCAAUUGAGGAUCUGAUUGUGUGCCCCACACCGUCUACUGCUACCGGUGUUACUAUCACCAACACACCUCCAGUCACUAUUGGUGGAUCCAUGCUCACCUUUGCUUGCAAUGAAGACAAUGAAGUGAUAACCUCAACCUGUGGCAGUAGUGGAUGGUCUCCUGACCCUGGGACCUUUGACUGCGGCAGUCCAGUUACAGGUAUAUCAUACAUGAGGAAUUAACUCUCCAAAGGGAAUGUUGAUCUCGUGCAGUAGAUCCCCCAGUGAGUUGUGGUUCUCCUGCUAUACCAUCCAGAGGUAGUGUGGACAUCAGUGGAAGGCUACCACCCUUCUCACUGGGUUCACAGGUCAUCUAUCGCUGUGACGAUGGACUGUUCCCCCCUGAUGUGAGGACCAGCACAUGCACUGAUGUGGGGGGUAGCGGAGAGUGGGUGGAGAAUCCUGGGAGCUUGUUAUGCAGGGAGAGGCCAGGUUAUUGGAUGCUCGUGUUGAGCUGAUUGAGAUACAAACAUGUACUCAUAGUCAUUUUCUGACCGUCCCUAUAGUCAACUGCACUCUUCCUACUGAGCCUUGCAAUGGUGCUAUAGUUGAGUAUGAGAGGUUGAACGAGACAGUGUUGGAAGGAACAGUGCUGACUUACCAGUGUGACAAUGGACUCUCACUGACUGGACCCAACACCAUUACUUGCACUAAUACUGGAGUCUGGAGCACUGAGCCUGAGGCAAUCAUGUGUGUAGUUUCUACUGUCGCUCCUUUGUUCUCCACUUCUGCAACUGUCGCUAUCAGUGUGGUCAUCACUUUCAUUGUCACUCUAGUCAUUGGAUUCCUCACUGGACUGCUAGUGAUGUAUCUUUUCUUUUGUAAGAAAGCAGUGUACUUCCCAGCAACUGAAGGACAAACUAACGCAGCGUCCACUGCACCAGCUGGUCCUGUUUAUGAGGAGGUGUCACCCAAAGAAGAGAUUGAACUCAACACAAACCAAGCGUAUGGACCAUUAGGACUGUGAAACUUGUUCACUCUUUAUGAAUAGCAUUCAACAAGUUACAUUGCAAUAAUUAUCAUUCUGUUGGUAUUUUGUUUGUUAUAGA